AUGGCAGAGAGUGCUGUAGCUUUUUUGGUACAUCAACUUUCGUCCUUACUUAAUGGGGGACAAAAUUUUCCUGAAGGUAUUCAAGAGGAAAUUGUUCACAUCAGGGAUGCAUUUGAACAAAUGAGGACUUUCUCAAGGACAGCUGAUGCAAAAGAAGAAGAAGAUGCUGAAUUACAACUAUGGAUCAAGCAAGUACAAGAUCUUACACAUGAUGUCCAAGAUAUUCUUGAAACACAUGUCGUCACGUGCAGCAAUUUUCAAGAAAAGGGAUCACGGCCAUGGAGAAAACCCCAUCAUUCAUUAACAUCUCAUAAGUUAUUUGAAGCUCAAAAUGAUAAUCUUUCAAUGUUGUUGGAAGGCGUCAAGGCCCAAAUCGCCAUUAUUUCUGAAGGACAUAUAACAUUUCUUCAGAAAUAUGAUGAAAAGAACAACAUUUCAUGGUGUAAUAACCAUGAAGACGUGAUUCUUGAUGAUGAUGCAGAUCUGGUAGGCAUUGAAAAUGAUAAAUCGGUAUUAAAUGAUUGGGUCCUUUCUGAUGAUUCAGAAUGGAAAUUGCAGUGUGUAGUUGGAACGAGAGGUAUAGGGAAAACCACCCUAAUAAAGAAAAUCUUUGAUGAUGCAGCAGUAAAGAAUCAUUUCAAUAAUACACUGUGGAUUGAGAUUCCAAGGUUUUCUGAUGUUAAGGAGCUAUUGAAGAGCAUGAUUACUCCAAAAGAUGACCAAUCCCGUCGAGCAAUUGAAGCCAUGAAUACCAACAUGCUGGCAGAGUUCAUUCAACAAGUCUUUGAGUCAUCAAGGUACUUUGUUGUCCUUGAUGAUGUCCCUGAUAUUAGCACAUGGAGGGCUCUCAAACGUGCAUUUCCUAUCGAAAACUGUGGCAGCAGGGUCAUAAUCAUAUCGCGUUUUACUGAACUAUGCCAUAUCAUUCGUGCAGAAACUGGUGGUCGUAGUCAUUUCUAUGAUAUGAAGCCUUUGUCUGAAGAAGAAUCUUGGAUUCUUUUCUGCAGAGAGACAUUCCCAGGCAGCCCACUCUGUCCUCCACAUUUAGUGCAAAUCACCAAAGACAUCAUAGAAAAAUGCAAUGGUUUACCAAUGGCGAUUUUGGUGAUUGCUGGUGCACUGGCUACUAAAGGGAACAAAACAGAGGUGUGGGAGAUGUUUCAUGACAGCCUUGUUGACAAGUUACAAGGUAGUUAUAGUGAAUUUGAGCACAUGAAAAGGAUACUCAAUCUAUGUUAUCAAGAUUUGCCUUUCUAUCUCAAAUCUUGUUUCACUUAUCUGAGAAUAAUCCCAAAAUAUCAUGUCAUCGAUAAGAUGAGACUGAUUCGACUGUUGGCAGCAGAAGGACUCGUCCUCGAAAGAGAAGGAAAGGCAAUUGCACAAGUUGCUGAGAGCUAUCUCAAUGAACUUGCAAACAGAAGAUUGAUCCAAGUUGCUGAAAGGUACUCUGAUGGAAGAUUGGACUCAUUCACUAUCCAUAACUUGUGGUAUGAAUUCAUUCUUUCUAAGCCAGAGGAAAGGGUCACAGCAACUAUAGCAGAUGGUCAAGAAAUUACAAGAAGGGGUCACAAAGUCAGACAUUUAGUAAUCCAUGCUCAAUUGGCGAGUGAUAUACAAGACAUUGAUCAGUUCAAGCAUCUUCACUCUCUGAUAACGCUCGGAUCAUCGGAAUCCAUCUCUAAUUCAUUCUUGUUGAAGUUGUUAUCUGGCAGUUUUAAGCUACUCAAGGUGUUAGACUUAACAGGAGCCCCAUUGGUGAAAAUCCCAGAAGAAGUCUUUGAAUUGUUUCAUCUCAAGUUUCUCAACUUGAGGAGAACUAAGAUAAAACAUCUGACAGGAUCAAUAGAGAAGCUUGAGAACCUUGAGUUCUUGGACCUAAGGGAGACAUUGGUAAGAAAAUUGCCGGUUGAGAUACUAAAGCUUCAAUGUCUUCGCCAUAUCUUCAUUCAUCGACGCGGUGCUGGUUUUUUGCAUGGUUUUAAAGCUCCCAAGAAGAUAGGGACCCUUGUGUCCUUAGAAAUGGUGAAUUCUAUAAAGGCCACUACAAGCACAGUUAUAGAAUUGGGAAAUUUAACAAGACUAAGAAUGUUACACAUUGCGAAGCUGAGAAGAAAACAUGGGAGGGAUUUUUGUUCUUCCCUUGACAAGUUGAUAAAUCUUCAGCAACUAUCUAUCUCAUCUUAUGGGUUUUCGAAGGGCAUUUAG